GACGUCAUAAGUGCGCGCGCCCAGAGGCGGCAGUAGCGGGUCUGAAGCCAGAGUGUAUACAGUCUGCUGUUUGCAGUGAGUCUCGCAGAGGGUCCCGGGACAGGGCGGCAGCGAGGCAGCGAGGGCGACCCCCCAUCUCGGCUCAGUUACUGAUUAUUAACUCACGGCCGGAUAGCGGACAACAUGCCCAAAGUUAAACGGAGUAAGAAAUCUCCACCGGACGGCUGGGAGCUGAUCGAGCCCACCCUGGAUGAGCUGGACCAGAAAAUGAGGGAAGCUGAAACUGAACCUCAUGAAGGAAAGCGUAAAGUGGAAUCAUUGUGGCCUAUUUUCCGAAUUCAUCAUCAGAAAACGCGCUACAUAUUUGACCUUUUCUAUAAAAGGAAGGCCAUUAGCAGAGAAUUGUAUGAUUACUGUAUCAGAGAAGGAUAUGCUGAUAAAAACCUAAUUGCAAAGUGGAAGAAACAAGGAUAUGAAAACUUGUGCUGCUUGCGUUGUAUACAGACACGAGACACCAACUUUGGAACAAACUGUAUUUGCCGGGUGCCGAAGAGCAAGCUGGAAGUGGGGAGGAUUAUUGAAUGCACACACUGUGGCUGUAGAGGGUGCUCUGGAUAAAAACUUUUAACACUGAAGAGGGGCUGCAUGGUUUUCAGAAGAUAAAUCUGUUCUAUUUCUUUUCUUAAUGUAUAUCUGUAUUGUGUGUAAUAAAUAUUGCUUUUAUUGCU